UAGAAGGGAAAUAUGCAGCAGCAUUUCUUCCCCUGGAAACAACGGUUCAAUUACUAGCCCUUUGCAGAGCCAUCAAUGGCGACCCAACUCUUAAUUCUCCACGUAUUUUUGCUGGCGAGCGCGCUUGGUGCCUCUUUCGCUCAAAUUAGCCGAAAGGAAUUGAGAAGCAAAGAGAUAAGCCAAGAUCAAAUGCAGUCUAAUAGUAUUGAUCCAUCACAAGUCAUUCAACUCUCAUGGCAACCAAGGUCAGGGUCUUCUUAUAUAGGAACUUUCUCUCGGACGAGGAGUGCGAUUACCUGAUUUCUUGGGUCCAUCGGAAGAAAAGCCAUAAUAUGCAGGUCGAUGAUCUACCACAAUCAUAUCUCAUGGAUACAGAUGAUGAAAUAGCUAGAAAUAUUGAGGACAGAAUUUCUGCUUGGACUUUUCUUCCCAAAGAGAACAGCAAAUCCCUGCAGGUUCUGCACUUUGGACCUGAAGACUCCAAACAAAAGUACAGUUAUUUUCAUAACAAGGCUGCUGAGGAAGUUGGUGAACCUUUAUUGGCAACCGUUAUUUUGUAUCUCUCAAAUGUCAGUCAGGGUGGGCAGAUACUUUUUCCCCAUUCCGAGAACAGAGUGUGGUCUGAUUGCACGAAGAGUAGCAAAAUCUUAAGACCCAGUAGAGGAAAUGCUAUUGUAUUCUUCAGUUUACACCUUAAUGCAACCCCCGACAAGAGUAGUUUCCAUGCCAGAUGCCCUGUCCUUGAGGGUGACAUGUGGUGCACCACCAAAUUCUUUUAUCUGAAAAGCAUUAAUGCUGAAAAGGUUAGGUCAGAUUCUGAUAAUGCAGAUUGCACCGAUGAAGAUGAUAAUUGUCCUCGUUGGGCUUCCAUAGGGGAGUGCCAAAGGAAUCCCAUUUUCAUGGUUGGUUCUCCUGAUUACUACGGGACAUGUAGGAAGAGCUGCAAUGCAUGCUCUUUAUGAUAGCUACAGUCAUGUGUAUUCAUCUCAUACUAUCUUCUCUUUUCCUUCAACUUCACGAUGAAAGAAAAACCGAUAUGUUGGUUACUGUUAUGUAUCUCCUGUUUCUUGUCAAUUAUUGUUCACAUGGUUGACAAAGCAACAUAUUCAUUUUUACCUAUAUGGCAACAAAAAUUUAUGUAUAGACACAUAUAUUGCUGGCGAAAAACAAGCUAUUGAUUAUGUCAA